AUGAUCGCUCAAACCAUCUUCGCUACCGCCCUCGCUGCCACCGCCUCCGCUGGCUGGACUUCAAAGACUGGCUCAUGUAACACCGGCAAGCUCUCAUGUUGCGACACUAACAAGAAGGUUCAAAAGUCAACCGGUGAAGAAUCUGGCCUCCUCCACACUGGCGAUAUCCUCGACCAAGUUGCCAUUCAAUGUACUCAGAUCCCAUUGUUAAUCGGUGUUGCUAUCGAAGAUGAGUGCAAGAACACUCCAACCUGUUGUGAGGAUGUAGAGGAUGAUGGUCUCGUUGGUAUCAACUGCACCCCAAUCCCACUUAUCUAA